GGGGGGAGUCCUGAAUCCAUCACCUCCUGGCAGUGCGUGCAAACAGUCUAGACCUACUUAAUAUUGUGGAAAAUAUCGAGGUUACAAGAUCAAGAAAGAAAUGGCUCAUCGACUGUCCAAAGAGGAGCUAGAUGAGCAAUUUGAACAGUUUCUAAAAGAGUCUCUUUCAGAUGAUUCGUUUGACAGUUCCAAAAAAUCUACUAUUCUUGAAAGUAUUGGAAAACCUAAAACUCAGAAACCUCAGAAAAAAACCUCUUCACCUUGGUGGUUAACAGGAGAUGACUCAGAUGAAGGGGAUGGCACAUUGACAAACCGAAGCUUUCUGAAAUCACAAAGAACAUCCCAGCCCAUUGAAGAAGAGGAGGAAGAUGAUGAAAAACAUGCUGAAAUGCAGGACCGUGUCUGUGAAUCAAUGGAUAGAGAUAGCUUGGACGUUGAGGAUUCAGUUGUGGCAUCUGGACCAAAUCCUGGACUUCAAGGCUUUGGACUUGACACUUUGGAAGAACAAGAAGAAAAAGAGAGAUUUUUUGCCAAACUUGAAAAGGGUGCUUCCUCAACAAUAGAUUACUCAAAACUAAAUAAGGAAUUGGAUUCCACUGAUUCAGCACAAUUUACAGCUCUAAUAUGCAAAAACGAAAACCCCCCACAUGGACAAGAACAAAAUAAAUCUGAAAGCAAAGAUCUGUCAGGAAAUUAUAGUGAAGAUUUUGAAGAAGAUGCUGAAAGUAUCAGUAAUUCUAUCAAAUCUAAUGAGCAAGGAAAUAAGUACUCAAAUGAAAAAACUAAUUUAAAUAACCAGGUAGAAGAGAAUCCUGGAAUGCUGGCCAAGGUUUUGUUGCUUGAUUCAUUGGACUCAACAAUGGACACACAGAAGCUUUUGCAACAAACAGACCCAAACUGCUUCACACCUCAAGGGACAAAUGAUGCCUUAGGCACAGGUAUUUCUAAUGCAUACUCAAAUAGUGACAUGGAAGCUUUACACCAGGCCUACCGUCACUUAGAACAAUCAGUGGAAGAGUCUAAUGAAAAUAAUUAUUUUGUAGCUCUAGAACAAGCAAGUAGCUCUCUUGGGGACACAUCACACGCAAAUGAAAAAAAAAAUCUAGAAAAAAAAUCCACUGUAGAAUCAGAUAUGCCUACUUUGGAUGAACUUAUGCAGCCUAUUAGGGUGGACUAUGCUGGUGAACAUUAUCCUGGUGGGACCCCUGUCAGUCUACCUAUGCCAGAAGACAACAAAAUGGUUAAAGAAACGGACUCUAUAGCAACAGAGAAAUUCACACAUGCUGAGAACCAAGAGGAACAAAGUUCUGAUUAUUUGCAUCAGUGGAAAUCAGAAUCAAGAAACUCAUUUUCAACAUCUGAGAUUGAACUCCAUUAUGACAGCAAGAAAGAUCUAAUUGCUCCUGAGGCUCAUGGUCAUGAAAGAUUUUCUAAAGGAUCUGAUUACCCUGACCUCCAUGCAUAUCAAGAGGAAAGGAACAGCCAUGCUUCAGGUUAUCCACAUAAGAUGAUGCAUAAUUAUGUUCUUGACAUGCCACAGAAAAAGCAAUUCAAUAAGGACAAACCCCCAACAUCAGUACUCAAAAAACCUCAAAACCCACACUAUGCAAAUGUCAAAAGCUCUGGAUACGGGAAGGCAAGCACACCAUUAAAACAAUCAAGAAAAUUAGAUUUAAAGGAUUCUCAUAUGGCGACAAAAGAAAAAUCUCCGUCUGAUGGCAAACAAAAAGGAAUAUUAUCUGCAACCAGAACAAUCCGAUUUGCGGAAACGACAUCAGGUGCUUCAAAAACCAUGAAAACAGACACUUCUGCACAGCAACAGACAGAGCGAAUUCCAAAGAGGGAUUUUGGUGAAGUGGAUAUAACUCCUGAAUAUAAUGAUCACAAUUUCCAUAGAAGUACUUAUGGAAUCCUCUUGAGAAAUGAAGCUUUAUCUCAGUCCCUAAAUGCCAAUGAUGAAGCCCUCGGCGUGUGUGCAAGAUUACUGAAUGUAAAACAACAACUAGAGACUGAAAAGCUUGUGGCAGACAUUUCCAAAAAGGAGGAAGAACUGCAACAGAAAACAGAACAAGAGAGAGAAAAAUAUCAAAAGGAAUGUAGUCUUCUUAAACAGGAAAAUUAUAUGCUUAGAGCAAAGUUACAUGCAGAAGAAGAGAAAAGAAAGAAAAAAGUUCAUCUCAUUGGGGAACCUGGAGCACCUGUAACUGAAGAAAAACUACGUUGUGUACAGCAAGAAAUUGAAGAGCAAGAAACUAUUCUUCAAGGUUAUCAACAGGAAAAUGAAAAACUGUACCAGCAGGUGAAAGAACUUCAGAUAAGAAAUAAGCAAAAUGAAGAACAAAUGUUUCAAGAAAAUUUGUCAUUAAGAACUGAAUUGGCAACUCUAAGAGAGCAGAUAAAUACAAAUGCCAUAAAGAAGCAAUGUGCCCACAUUGGUGAUGAUUCCAAGAAUUCAAGUAAUACAGAAUUAAUGAAUGAGCUACGUGUCCUUCAGAAAAGAGAACACAGUUUGCUUGAUGAGAUAACCCAGCAAAAGCAAGACAAACAGGCUUUGGAAUUUGAUUUGGCACAGAUAAGGAAAGAGCGUGAUCUUGUGAAAACCCAGCUUGCUCAGACCUCUGGUGACAAAGCAUAUGAAAUGAAGAUUGCGGAAGCGACAUAUAAGGAAGAAAUUAGCCGCUUAAAUAAAAGACUUCAGUGGUUUGCAGAAAACCAAGAAAUGUUAGAUAAGGAUGCUGGGAGACUAAGAGAUGCUUAUGAACAAAUAGAGACACUAACGAUACAGGUUGAAAAGCUAAGACAUGCAGCUGGAAAUCAAUUUGUGCAACAACAAAAUCGUCUCAAAGACAGGACCGCAGAUGCCAAACGAAUUCAAGACCUUGAACGUCAGGUUAAAGAAAUGGAGGCAAUUAUUAAACGAAGACAUCCAAACUCUAUCCCUGCACUGAUCUAUGCAGCAGCAACUGCUCCUUUAGUAGACAAUGAAAAUUCAACCAAAAGCAAAACUGUUUCUUUCUUGGAAAGAAGAAUCCAGAAAUUAGAAGCUGAUCUUGAAAGUAAAGAUGAAGACUCUAAGAAAAGUCUGAGAACUAUGGAGCAACAAUUCCAAAAAAUAAAGAUUCAGUAUGAGAAUCGAAUAAAUGAGCUUGAAGGCUUGCUUACUGAGAGGCGUAUAAAUGAACCACAGAAUCAAUUUGACAACACAACCAGACUAAAAGCUUUAGAGCAAGAACUUUGUAUAUGUAAGGAGGCACACCAAAUGGCUGUAAUGAACUACCGCAAAGAAAUAGACAAUCUUAAGCAAGAAAAUGCCUUCUUAGAAAGAAAGGCAAAGAUAUAUGGAGGAAAUUGUGCUUCUAUUAAUAAUCAAUUAGAAGAGUUCUCUGACAAGGCCAGAAUGACAAUACUCCACCAAGAACUGAAUGACAAAUGUAUGGAAAUUCAAGAGCUUACAAAAACAGUGGAGAGACUUCAAAGAGAAAGGAUGGUCAUGUUGUCUGAGAAAAACACUUCAGAUAAAAUACAGAGUAAGAAAAAAUGUAAUUCUAAAGCAGAAACAGACAUAGCACCUUCCUCUAAGGGAAGGUUUACAGAGAUUAAUAGUUUUCCUGGAACUCUGGAUGAGAAACUCUAUCAGCCAGGGACGUUUGCUGAUAUCCAUAUUUCUGACAUUCAGCAAGAAAAUGACAGACUAAAAGCAGAAGUAAAAAGACUUACUCUAGAGGUCAAUGAACAGAAGACUCAUUUUGAAAGCUCAUUGUCUCAUGCAGAGCAUACCAUACUGAGGUUAAAAAAAGAAACCGCUGAACGGACUGCAGCACUUAAGCAAUCACAUCAAAGAGAGAGAGAAAAACUAAUUUGUCAGCAUGCACUGGAACAUUCAAAAUCAAGAGCAGCAGAACUAAGUAAUACAAUUGCUACCCAAGAGGUUCUUAUAAAACAUCUUCAAAAACAGGUGAACACUCUCCAGAAGGAAACAGAGGUCCUGUCUUUGUACCGCAUUAGAGAGGAAGCCCUACAGAAAGAGAUGGCAAAACUCAUUGAGGAUCUUAGAGAGUCAAAAGAGUGCCACAGUCCACAGAUGAAACAGUUUUUAUCAUUGGAAAGUAAACUUAAACACAUGGAAAUAAGAUAUUCACAAAGAGAAGAGGAACUUCAACAGAUAAUAAAGCAAACCCACCAUGCAGCAAGUGAAGAGCAAGCCAAAGAAGUAGAAAAGUGGAAGAAGCUUUCAAAUCAGAAGAAUAUAGAGCUUGAGAAGUUUAGAAUGGAAUUAGAUGCCAUUCUAGAUGUUCUGCGAGUACUCCAAAGACAAGGAGUUGUUAUUCCCACCUCCACUUCUGACAGGACUAAAGCAGAGGUCUGCUGAAAUGCUUGGCCACGGGACUUUGUUCAAUAUUGAUUUAGUUAAGUAGAUCCUUUUGAAUCUAUGAUUCUAGAUAACAUGUUUUGAAAUACUAUAAAAAUUGUGUAUUUAUAAUGCAUUCCAGUUUAAUAUUUUGCUGUUGUUGAAAACUCUUGUGUGAGUUUCAGCAUGUAUAUUAGUAUAACUUAAAUAAAACUAACCUGGAUAAUU